AUGUGGGAUGUGCAGCCUGGUGCCCAGGACACUGUGCAUGGCCAGUUCAAGCACGACGUGAAGAUCGGUGAGAAGGACGAGCUGAUCGUGAACGGAAACAAGAUCAAGUGCAUCCAGGCCAGCCGCGAAGGCCCCAAGGCUUUGCCUUGGAAGGACAUGGGAGUCAAGUACGUCAUCGAGUCCACUGGCCUUUUCGUGGAGUACGAGAAGGCCGUCGGCCACAUCGAGGCAGGUGCAGAGAAGGUGAUCAUCUCGGCCCCGGGCAAGGGCAACCUGAGCCUUGGGACAGCUUAG